AAUCCUCAGAAAAUGGCGUCCUCCACUUUUGUUAGAGAAACAACGGAGCGGUGUGGAAUCUGCACCAAAGGUUUCAAAGAACCAAGGAUGCUGCCAUGCUUUGAUAGUUUUUGUUAUGAUUGUUUAGCAAUAUAUAUUGACGAAAACAAACAAAAUGGAAUAUUUCAGUGUCCACUCUGCAGUGAGCGGAUAUCUAUACCCACAAAUGGUAUUAAAGGCUUUGAGCCCAACUUCCACCUGACGGCAAGCCAAUUAGUCUCAACUGUGUUUCAGAGGCCCAACUGCGAAAUAUGUGAAGAUAUUCAACCUGCUGUUAACCGUUGCGUUGAAUGUGAACAAAAUCUGUGUGAAAAAUGUAGCAAAAUUCAUUUAAAAAUCAAAUCGACUCAUAAUCAUCAUCUGGCAUGUAUGACCGACCCUGAAGGUAGGGUUUAUCUGACGUCGAAGGCAUUUUGCUCAAAACAUCAACACGAAGAAAUGAGUUUCUACUGCAUUGAUUGCAAUAUGGCCACAUGUAUUCGUUGUCGGUUGACGUCACACAAUGGUCAUAAUACAUCCGAUCUUUCCGAUGUCGCAACACAAACACGAGAUAGAUUGAUGGACCUCAUAAAUCAUGCCGAAGUAAGUUUAGCCAGCUUAAAGGAACAACAGAAUGAAUUUUCCGCUUAUAAGUUAGAAGUGAAAAGGGUAAAGUUUGACACCACUAACAGCAUAAUGCACCAAUCUGAAAAUAUUCACAAGCUUGUUGAUAAAGUGUGUCAAAAACUUGUAACAUUUGUAGAGGAAGAGGUUUAUAUGGAGGAUGCACAUGUUGACAAGCAGUUGGUGAAAAUGGACAAAACCAUCGCUUCGUACCAAUCGCGUCUGAGAGUUGCCAGUCAGAUCGUCGAAUGUGGAUCAGACACUGAAAUUGUGCACACAGAUGAAGCACUAACGACUCGUCUGAAGAAUAUUACAUUGCGAUCCAACCCCAUGGUUCGUCCAAACAAAUUGGACGUUGGGUAUAUUCCAAGUAUUCUAGCUGAAGAAGAUUUGGAGGGAUUGUUUGGAAUAUUGACAAGUCGUGUUGAAAGUCCAAGAUACAUAUCUCUAUUGGAGGUUAUUUCCUUUCGCGUGGACGAUGCAGAUGAUAUUAUCAACUCCAUUUGUCCAAUCCAAAAUGGAGAGGCUUGGGUGACGUAUGGUUGGACUUCGACCUUAUACAAGGUUAAUAGGGCAGGGGAGAGAAUCAAAUCCUUCUCUCUUGGGAGUGAUAUAGACUUUAUCACAAAAGACAAGUUAGGGAAUAUUUAUGUUAGUUGCCGAAAUGAGAAAUGCAUACGAAAGCUGAACGCUGAAAUGAAUAUUACAGAAACUGUAAAGCUGGAUCAUGGCUUUCCGCGAGGAAUUACAAUAACUCCAAUAGGUCAACUUGUUGUGUGCUGCCCCCAGUCGAAAACCUAUUUUGACUACGUCACCUCUCACGUUAACACUGUUUCUGUUCUAUCAUACGACGGCGACAAGGUCACAGUAUUUGGGGGAAAUGGAGACAUGUUUCUGUAUCCAAUACGCGUUGCAAUUAAUGACAGUGGGGAUUUUAUUGUCGCUGACAAUUUGAGCCAUAGUGUGAUCAUAUUCAAUAGCGCUGGAAAAAUAAACGCUAUCUAUUGCGGUCAGCAAGGAUCUACAGAUGAUUUCACCACACGGCCUAGCUGUACGCCAAGCGAAGACCUUUCAACACUGUCUAACGUCGAUAAUUCCAGAUCCGGGAACAUCAUGACACCACGACAUAGCCACGUGAUAAGAACUGCUACAUCUGAAAGCAAAGAACCUGGACUUGGAUCACAGAGAUCAAAAUCAUCUCCGAUACGCCCUUUUGAUCCACGUGGCAUAACAUGUGACAGUGUUGGUCAUGUGAUUGUUACCGAUUAUACCAAUAAUUCUAUUCAUUUGCUAGAUCACGCGGGUCGUUUUCUUCAACUAUUGCUUACAGAAACGGAUGGGAUUUUUGCACCCACGUCAGUCGCUAUUGACGAUGAUGGAUUUUUGUGGAUAGGGGGUGGGAAUGCUACUAUAAAAGUUUACAGUUAUAUAAAAUCAUCGUAAGUUUGUCAAAGAAAAAUAAAUCUUUUAUGACUUGCUUGAUUUCAGCAAGGA